CCUCCAUUCAUGCUGAUACGACACUCAAAAAUAAAAGAUGGCGGACCAAACUCCGUAGUAAAGGGGGUCCCUGCUCCAUCUCGCCAUCAGUUUGGGGGACCGUGGCCUGAAAACCGUUGAAGACCCCUCCACUAGAGUCCACUAGAGUCCAUAAUGGUCUACUACAGUACAUUAGGAUGGCCUAUGUCUCUAGUUUCUGCAUGUACCUGCUGCUCACACCUGUGUCUACCUGUCCUCCAGCUCCGUGGCCUCGCUCACUGACUGUAUGAGGAACAAAUGUCUGGCCAAGUUUUUCCGUGAUCGGCAGGCGUCGCUGAAGCGCUCGCUGCCUCUGGGCUCGUACCUGCUGAAACCGGUCCAGAGGAUCCUCAAGUACCACCUGCUGCUCCAGGAGAUAGCGAAGCACUUUGACCCCCAGGAGGCGGGCUACGAGGUGGUGGAGGAGGCCAUUUACACCAUGACAGGCGUGGCCUGGUACAUCAACGACAUGAAGAGGAAACACGAGCACGCCGUCAGACUGCAGGAGGUUCAGUCUCUGCUGCUGAACUGGAAGGGUCCGGACCUCACCACCUACGGGGAGCUGGUCCUGGAGGGAACCUUCAAGGUCCACCGGGCUAAAAACGAGAGGACGCUGUUCCUGUUUGAGCGCAUGCUGCUCAUCACCAAGCGCCGCGGAGAGCACUAUGUGUACAAGACGCACAUCUCUUGCUCCACUCUGAUGCUGAUUGAAAGCGCCAAAGACUCUCUGAGCUUCAGUGUGACUCAUUACAAACAUCCCAAACACCCCACACUGUCAGGUGAGAUCAGCUUCACUGCUCACUGGGGGCUACUGCACAAACCAG